UCCUGUCUAUCUGGUGGCCUUUGAAAAAUUAUUCCUUUCUGAAAAUCUAAAACUUAAUCUUACAUAAUCGCCAGUACCCGUAAAGGAACAACAGAAAUUGUAAAAUAUGAAUUCGAAAGCUUUAAAGAAGGAUGAUGAUUCCAUCCAGCUGCUGCAAAGGCUGAAGGACCUAAUACUGUGGCGUAACUUCCGUACAACACUGAUCGUCUUCACGAGCAUUCUGCUCCUGCUACUGGACGUUAUGGUCCACUCUGUGAUCAGUGUAGUUAGCAUGGCGGGAAUCACUGUACUCCUAGCGGCCUUCGGUCACCGCCUUUUGAUGCAGUUCUUGAAGGCCUGGAAGAAGGACGGAAGCAAUGAUCAGAUCUUACGCCUGUAUACUCAGGAGAAAAUCGAAAUUCCCCGAGAGGACACUAUUAGACUUGCCGGGAUGGCCGUUCAUUAUCUGAACUUAACGUUAAACCGUAUGAUGGGAUUGUUUCUCGUGGAUAAGUUGGAGGAUUCCCUAAAGUUAUUCGCUUUGCUCUGUGGUAUUAAUUUGCUGGGCGAUUGUUUCAACGGGCUGACUUUGAUGCUUAUUGGACACGUAUCUAUUUUCACCCUACCAAAACUUUACGAGUGGUAUAAGCCAAUAAUUGAUGUCCAGGUCCGGAAAUUCCGUAAAUGCAAGCAGAAGGAGAAGGAUGUACCGGAAGCUAAGGAUGAGAAGCCGGAAUACGUUGAAGAAGAAUAUCCGCCGGAGUCACCAUAUGAAAGCCAGGUUUCCAAUGAAGGCAACAUGCUAUAUAAAGUCUGCGACAAUGAGCAGCUUCUUGAUCUUCUAGAGGCGGAGCACCGCAAGGGAUGUCGUUGUCGCGAUUGCGAGCACCAGGAGUUGCCCAUCGAGGUGCUUUAAACUUCAAUUUAAUAGUUAUAUCUCUGUGGUGUUAUUGUUCAAAAUUCGUUUUGUGGAAUUAAAUAUUGUUGUUCCACUCAGUUGGCAAUCAAAAAAGUUUCA